AAAGAUAUUUUAAGAAAUUAUUUGUUAUUAACAUUAACUUAAAGCUGUUAAACAUUCAUUAAAAUGACUAUUGACACGAAGGAAUGCAGUGUAAAAGCUAUUUAUGAUGAUAUUGUCAAAUCAGAAGGUGACGAUAGAAUAUAUAGAGGUCUAGUGUUACAAAAUGAUAUGAAAGUUCUACUAGCUAGUGAUCCUCACACAGAAAAGGCUGCUGCUUCUAUGGAUGUUCAUAUAGGAAGUUUGUCCGAUCCUGAUGACAUUCCAGGUCUGGCCCAUUUCUGUGAACAUAUGUUAUUUCUUGGAACAAAGAAGUUUCCGGAGGAGAAUAGAUUUUCCCAGUUUCUCAAUGAAAACAGUGGUUCAUCGAAUGCCUUCACAUCCAAUGAAAACACAAACUAUUAUUUUGAUGUGAAACAUGAUGGUCUGGAAACAGCACUUGAAAUAUUUGCCGAGUUCUUUAUAAGUCCUUUGUUUAGUGAAGAAGCAAAAGACAGAGAAGUGAAUGCUGUAGAUUCAGAGAAUGACAAAAAUUUUAAAAAUGACUCAUGGCGUCUUGAGCAAUUAAACAGAUCAACUGUAGACCCCAAACAUCCCUACAGCAAGUUUGGUACAGGUAGCAAAACGACUUUGGAGACAAAACCUCGAGAAAUGGGCAUUGAUGUUCAGAAGGCAUUGCUAGAGUUUCAUGAAAAAUAUUAUUCAUCAAAUAUUAUGGCCUUAACUGUCAUUGGAAAAGAGUCGUUAAAUGACUUGAUGUCCAUGGUAUGUCGUUUCUUCAGUCAUGUUAAAAAUUCCAAUGUUACUGUUCCAUUGUUUGAUUAUCAUCCUUUCAAGGAAGAUCAUUUGCAGGUUAAGUUUCAUGUUGUUCCCGUUAUGGAUUCUAGAAAGUUGAAACUUUUGUUUCCUUUUCCUGAUAUUUCGUCCCAUUACAGAACAAAGCCUGGGGAGUGUAUUUCACAUUUGCUUGGACACGAGUCAAAUGGCAGUUUGUUAUCAUUUUUAAAGGAACAGGGUUGGGUGAACACUCUUGCUGCUGGAAAUAUAGACGGAGCUAAAGGUUUUAUGUUCUUUAUUUGCGAAAUGGACAUCACAGAAAAAGGACUGGAACAUGUUGAUGAUAUAAUUUCUAGCGUGUUUCAAUAUAUAAAAAUGCUUCAAGAGUUAGGACCUCAAGAUUGGAUAUUUAAGGAAGUUCAGGCAUUGGCUGCGAUGCAUUUUCGUUUUAAAGAUAAAGAGAAACCAGUUCAGUUCGUGGUUAACGCAUCAAAAUGUUUACAUAAUUAUAAAAUGACGGAUGUGUUGUGUGGACCUUAUCUCCUUUAUGAAUUUGAUGAAAAAAUGGUUUCCGACUUAUUGAAUUUACUUCGUCCCGAAAAAUUACGCGUAUUUGUAGUUUCAAAGACAUUUGAGAAGAUAUUUGAUAAAAAAGAGAAAUGGUACGGUACGCAAUACAAACUGACAAAAAUACCAUCUGAUGUAAUUCAGAAAUGGUCCAAUGUAGAUUUAAAUCAAGCAUUCAAUCUACCAAAGCCGAACAAGUUUAUUGCUACAAAUUUUGAUAUAAAGCCACGAAAAGACGUUGCUUCAGAGAAGAAUGUUCCAGAAAUGAUAAAGAACGGUCCUCUAAUGCGAGUAUGGUUUAAGCAGGAUGAUUUAUUUUUUGUUCCAAAAUCAUGCGCAUUUUUUCAAAUUACCAGUCCGUUGGCUUACCGCGAUCCACUACAUUGUAAUAUGAACAGAUUAUUCGUGAUGUUGUUCAAAGAUUCUCUUACCGAGUACGCAUAUGAUGCUGAAUUGGCUGGCUUGAAAUACUCCGUCAAUGUGAAUAUUUACGGAAUCAAUUUAUCUGUUAGCGGAUACAACGAUAAACAAGACAUGUUUCUGCUGAAGAUUAUCCAAAAGUUAACCAAUUUCACUCUGGAUUCUAAGAGAUAUGGAGUUUUGAAAGAGAAGUGUGAACGUUCUUUAAAAAACUUUCGAGCUCAACAACCUCAUCAUCAUGCGAUAUUUUACACGUCAUAUAUACUAGAAGAACUUGCUUGGUCCAACGAGGAACUUUUGGACGCCAUGGCAGAUAUCACAGAAGAAGUAUUUGAGAAAUUUAUCAGCGAAUUUUUAAAAAGAAUUCAUGUUGAAAUUUUACUCCAUGGAAACUUAACGGAAGAGGAAGCUAUUGAUAUUGCAAGAAAGGUAGAAAGUAUAUUUAUUGAAAAUUCAGGAAGCAAAGCCUUGGUUCCUUCACAACUCACGAAACAUAGAGAAGUUCAACUACCAGAUGGAGUAGAUCUUCUCUACGAAAUUGAAAACGAGGUUCACAAAAGUUGCUGCUUGGAAAUUUAUUACCAAUGUGAAUUACAGUCAUGCGAAACUAACAUGCUCCUUGAAUUGUUUUGUAAAAUUAUUUCGGAAUCAUGUUUUGACAUUCUCCGUACCAAGGAACAACUAGGUUAUAUUGUAAUGAGCGGAGUACGAAGAGCAAAUGGGGUCCAGGGUGUGAGGUUUAUAAUACAAUCUGACAAAGAUCCAAAGUAUUUAGAUUCAAGAGUGGAAAAUUUCCUUCUCACUGUAAAGGAAAAGUUGCUCACAAUGGAAACUGAUGAGUUUGAAAACUUCAAAGAAUCUUUAGCCGUUCAACGUCUUGAAAAACCCAAGAAAUUGUACGCUGAAUCUGUACGAUAUUGGUCGGAGAUCUCUUCACAGCAGUAUAAUUUUAACAGAGAUACGACAGAAGUCGCGUUUUUGUACACAAUAACCAAGACAAAAAUACUUUAUUUUUACAAUAAUUUGAUUUCACAGUCGUCAAAGCGAAGACACAAGUUAUCUGUUCAUGUUUUGCCAGUAAACUUUGAAAAAGAUCAAUGUUCAGAGAAGUCGGAUGAAUUGGUUUCUGAUGAUGAUACUUCCACUGAAUUGCCGGCAAUGACGAAAAUUUUGGAUAUUGUAAGCUUCAAAAGUGGUCUUCCUCUGUUCCCGCGUGUUAAAUCAACAAUUUUAUCAAAUUAUCGUAACAAUAUUUUAGGAGCCAAACUUUGACAUAUUUUUUAUCCCCACUACAAAAUUGUGAUCUGGCAGAGCUGGUCAAAUCGAGGCUUUCAAAUCAACAUAACAUAAUUAUAAAUCUUAGGUAUAAAUCAUGACUAAAAUAGGGAAUGGUUUUUAAUUUACAAGUAUCUAAAUAACAUGUAUUUAUUCUGACUAUAAUAUACGUAGCUUAUCUCA